GUUUCCUUAUGCUAGGACCAUAGUGCCUUGGAAAGUAUUUCGACAAUGUCUUCAUGAGGUGCAUCAGAUUAGCUCUGGCCUGGAAGCAAUGGCUUUGAAGUCUACUAUUGAUCUAACUUGCAAUGACUACAUUUCAGUUUUUGAAUUUGAUAUCUUCACAAGAUUAUUUCAGCCUUGGGGUUCAAUAUUAAGAAACUGGAACUUCUUAGCUGUGACUCAUCCUGGAUACAUGGCAUUUCUGACUUACGAUGAAGUUAAAGCACGGUUACAGAAAUACAGCACCAAACCAGGAAGCUACAUUUUUAGAUUAAGUUGCACUCGACUUGGGCAAUGGGCUAUUGGUUAUGUCACUGGAGAUGGAAAUAUUUUACAGACCAUACCUCACAAUAAGCCUUUAUUUCAAGCUCUAAUUGAUGGUAGCCGGGAAGGAUUCUAUCUUUACCCAGAUGGACGAAGUUAUAAUCCUGAUCUGACAGGACUAUGUGAACCUAUUCCACAUGACCACAUAAAAGUUACACAGGAACAAUAUGAAUUAUAUUGUGAAAUGGGUUCCACAUUCCAGCUUUGUAAAAUUUGUGCUGAAAAUGACAAAGAUGUGAAGAUUGAACCUUGUGGACAUCUGAUGUGUACAUCUUGCUUGACAGCAUGGCAGGAAUCUGAUGGGCAGGGAUGUCCUUUUUGUCGUUGUGAAAUCAAAGGAACUGAACCCAUAAUUGUAGACCCCUUUGAUCCCAGAGAUGAAAACACAAGGUGCUGCAGCAUUUUGGAUAGCUUUGGUAUUCCUAUGCUCGACUUAGAUGAUGAUGAUGACAGAGAAGAGUCUUUGAUGAUGAAUCGAUUAGCUUCUGUGCGAAAGUGUAAUGAAAGACAGAAUUCCCCUGUGACAUCUCCAGGAUCAUCUCCUCUUGCUCAAAGAAGGAAACCACUUCCUGAUCCCAUACAAGGAUCCCAUCUUACCCUUCCACCAGUGCCUCCUCGAUUGGAUCUAAUACAGAAAGGAGUUUCCCGAUCCCCUUGCGCCAGCCCAACAAGCUCACCAAAGUCUUCUCCAUGUAUGAUGAGGAAACAAGACAAGCCUCUUCCAGCACCACCACCACCUAUACGAGAUCCACCUCCACCUCCACCAGAAAGGCCCCCACCCAUUCCUCCAGAUAAUAGGUUAAGUAGACAUUUGCAUCAUCCUGAAAGUAUAUCUACCAGAGAUCAACCAAUGCCACUUGAAGCCUGGUGCCUCAGAGAAGUGUGUGGGAAUAAUCAAAUUGUGGGAUGUCGUAUAGUAGGAAAUGAUAAUUGUCCCAAACCUGGACUUACUGGAAGCUCAAAUAUGAAUGGAAGACAUUGUCGCAUGGGUUCUGAUCCAGUAUUUCUGCGGAAACACAGAUGCCAUGAAUUACCUUUAGAAGGUACCAAGAUAUUUUCAAAUGGCCAUCUAGGUAAUGACGAAUAUGAUGUUCCACCUCGCCUUUCACCUCCUCCACCAGUUGUUUCAGUCAUGCCAAAUAUGAAGUCUUCUGUUGCUGUUAUAAAUUCCUUUCCUGAAAAAUCAAGAGAGCAUGUAGAAGAUGAUGAGUACAAGAUUCCUUCAUCCCAUCCUGUUUCUUUGCCUUCACAAUCACUUCAUUGCCAUAAUAUAAAGCCUCAUAUUCGUGUAUUUGAGAAUGGUCAGUGCUCUGGAAUAACUAAUGAAAUGCACAAUACUUCCUCUGAGAUGAAAAAAUUGAAAUAUCCUGAUACAGGAGAAGCCUUUGAGUCUACCAUGCCAGUACCUUUGCCACCUGUGCGACCUCCUUUGAGGGAAAAUUUGAAACAUGCAUCUGUACUCAAUAGAACUUCUUCUGAUUAUGACUUGCUGGUGCACCCUCCAGGUGAAGAGUUGUCUGACAAUCCGCCAUCUUCCCUUCCUCCACCUCCACCACCCCCUGCACGCCAUAGCUUCAUUGAGCAAUCAAGGCCACUUGUUGCAGGAAACAGACCUCUGUCUGGACAUGAACUGUACCUCCCUCCUGCUGAUCUUUUCUUUGAUCCUACAAAUGGCUCAAUUCCUUUACCACCCGUUAGAAGAUCAACUGGUGAAAAUAUGAAGACCCACAGAACAUCCCAGGAUUAUGACCAACUGCCAUCUUCUUCAGAUGGUUCGCAAGCACCAGCCAGACCUCCAAAACCACUUCCUCGUAGGACUGCUCCAGAAAUACACCAUAGGAAGGCACAUAAUACAUCUAUAGAAAAUGUCGAUGCAAAGAUUGCAAAACUUAUGGGAGAAGGCUAUUCUUUUGAAGAAGUGAAGCGGGCCCUUGAAAUAGCCCUGAAUAAUCUUGAUGUAGCACGGAGCAUUCUAAGAGAAUUUGCUUGCUUUCCUCCAUCAGUUUCCCCACGACUCAAUCUAUAGUAGUAUGGAAAACCUUGCAGCAAGCCUAUUUCUCCAUAUAUGUGUAUGUGUAAACAUGAGAAAUAUUGUACAAUUGUGAGAUGGGAUUCAAGAGAGAUGUUUUUUUUUUU